UUGCUCAUUGCGUCGUCGACUGAAGUCUGGAUGAUGCAGCCCCACCCGCAUUGGACACGAACAGCGAUCGAGAUUCGAUUGAGCUCACCAGCAGCGUUUCGCACUGUUCUGCGAGGAAAAGCAGCUGUAUAUGCAUCUUGUCUUACGCGCUCGCGGGAUUCACUCCAGCAAGCAGGCAUUUGAUACGAAACGCCCCAGGGUAGCGCGGAGGAUCGAAACACGGCCAGAAGGAAGCAUUGCGCUUAAGAGGGAGUCGAAAUUAGAGGAAGGUAGUAUCAUGUUUCCUCUAGGAGGUCUCGAUAACUUGCUGGACGCUCCCCGCGCCUCGAAAUCGCGUCGGAAAGCUGAGGGUGGAAACGGUCAACAGAUAUCGGCUGUGGCUGCAGGAAGCACAAGCUUCGUCGAAAUGGAUGGCGCUGCUGACGAAGAGGAUGAGUCAGACCGGGCGCCUCGCCCACCAAAUUCAUGGAUCCUGUAUCGGUCAGCAAAAAGCCAAGAGAUCAAGCGUGACAUGGAGGAGAGCGGAGCAUGGGCUAGCUCCCCGCCUGUGUCGAGUCGACAACGGCAAGCGGAGAUCUCUCGCACUGUCAGCAUGAUGUGGAAGAACGAGGCGAAGGAAGUAAAGGACAUGUACUCUGCGAUGGCGGAGGAAAGGAGGCUGGGUCAUCGUCAGCGAUAUCCAGUGAGUUGUCCGCAAAAGUCUUUCUGUCAAGACGGAGGCAUUGAAUACUCUACUGAUCCGCUCUGAGCACAUGCGCUUACCAAUAGAAUUAUAAGUAUCGUCCAAAGCGACGCAGCUCUGAUACUGGAUUGCGGGAAACGUCGAC